AUGGGGUUUCCGGAGCGAUAUGUUGGCUGGAUUGAGGGCCUGCAUGAAAACACCACGACGAAGCUGCUGGUUAACGGCUGGCUCGGGGGAGGAUUAACUGUGGUCUCGGGGGUACGGCAGGGUUGCCCUCUUGCCCCUUACCUCUUCCUGUGUGCGGUGGAGCCUUUGGCUCAGGAGGUGGAGAAGGCAAAGCUGGGGCUUGACAAGGAUGGGCAGCAGCUGAGCUACCUCGGUUACGCUGAUGAUACGACGCUCAUUCUGCAUGGGAAAGAGCAAAUUGUUAAGGCGGAAGAGAUUUUGGACAAUUUCGAAAAAGCAGCAGGUCUGGCAACAAAUAAAGGGAAAUCCGUGGUGUUACCUCUGGGGAUUAAUAUCGGAGAGGCGGCGGACGGCUCGUCUGACUUCAAAUGGGCCGGUGCAAAUGACGCUGAACGCCUGCUGGGGGUAUGGGUGUCUCCCUCGGGGGAUGGGCAAGCGACAUGGGAGAAGGCAAUCGGUCGUGUCGCUGAAAAGUUGGUGAAAUGGAAGCAGAAGUACCUGACGACGGCGGCGCGUGCAUCGGUGGUGAAUUUUUACAUUACUCCGUUGAUCGCAUUCCAAGCUCAAGUCUACCCGCCGUCUGCAGAGGUCUGGGAGGACUUGGAUAAGAUCUGCUCUUCACGCCCGCUCUUACAACUUCUCGCAUUCAUGGUCGAUGGAGGGAAGGACAUUGUUUUUUCGCCGGCCGACGAACAUUGGCGAACGCAGCGACGACUGGCGACGCUGCAUCUCCUCACGGCGCGGGCCUUACAGCAGAGCCUAGCCGUGCGCGAGCGGGAGAUCCGCGCUAUGCUCGACGCGAUUGCCGAGGUGGCUAAUAACGGGGACGCGAGAGGCGUGGAACUGCGAGGGUAUCUGAACCGCGCGACGCUGAACCUCAUUCUGCGGCUGACUGUCGGGAAGCAUUAUACCUACAGCACGAUCCGUCGCGCCGCCGCCGCCGCGCCCGGCGAGAUGCUCGAAGCGGCUUACAAGACGGACUGGGAGGGACGGCUGGCCAAGGAGUCUGCGGAAAUUUCGCCGCGAUCUGCGGCGGAGGACGAAAUGGAAGGCGAGAAGGUGAUCGCGAUUGUCGACGAGACGUUUCAGGUGAUGGGGACAUUUAACUUGGCGGAUUUCGUUCCGUGGCUCAGCCCUUUGGACCCGCAGCGCAUCUACUGGCGCGCGAAGCGGCUUAAACCGAAUGUUGAUGGGUUCCUGCUUUCCUGCAUCGAGGAGAGAAGCCGGAUGCUAAAAAAGCGGAGAGAGGAAGAGGAGCGAGAAAAUAUGGGUACAAAUGGAAAAGCGGGGGUUGCGGGGACGGGAGGGGGGGAUGGUGGUGAGAGAGCGAUGGUGGAUGCUCUGUUGGAGAUGGAGGGUGAAGGGGAGGAUAGGGUUACCAGGAAACAUAUUAUGCUGCUUUGUAUGGACAUGAUGAAUGCUGGCACUGACACCACUGCUAAAACCGUGGAAUGGGCCCUUGCUGAGCUGGCACGCCACCCGGCCGUGCUAGAACGUCUCCAAGCUGAGGUGGAUGCGGCGCAUGCCAAGUCAGCUGCAGCAGCAGCAGCGGCAGCAGGAGGAGAAACCAAUGGGAAACAGGGCGCUGAAAAUGCGUCGCUUCCAGUACAAGAGAUGCCAUAUCUUCAGGCGGUGAUUAAAGAGACUCUGAGGCACCACCCACCAGUACCGCUCCUUAUCCCUCACGUGACAACUGCCAGCGUUGCUCUUGGCGGUUACACCAUCCCUCCAGACACAAUCAUUCAGAUCAACGGCUGGGGUCUUGCUCACGAUCCAACGGUCUGGACCAACCCCGAUGAAUUUGACCCCAGCAGGUUUCUCGGCCCGUCUGCCCCUGAUGUGACCGGGCAGGAUUUCAGUGUCCUGCCAUUUGGUUCGGGCAGGCGUGGGUGUGUGGGGAUGAACCUGGGCAUGGAUCUAUCUGCUCGCAUGCUGGCAAAUUUUAUUUAUCGGUUUAGCUUGAAGCUGCCCGAAGAUGUGAUCAAGUCUGGUGGAGUGGACUUGAGAGAGGAGUUUAGUCUUACUGUGGCACUGGCAAAGCCACUGCGGCUUGUGCUCCUGGAGAGAAAGUGA